UCACGACGCCUUCCCUUCUUUUCCUUAUUAUAAUUCAACCGAUUGAUCCGUCGGCUCUAUGAAUCAAUGCUGUCGACUACCGGGAGUGUUGUUACAACGCAGCUGGCGGUGGGUACUUGUUGCGGCGACGUUCGUCCUGUUUGUGGAUCCUUUAUCCGUCCAGGGAUGGAUUCCCAACGUCCCAAUGUUCCAACGAAGAGCGGCUUUCCCGAGAACAACAAUAACAACAACAUCAUCACCAGCUGCUGCUGCGGCUUCCAUUAUACGCGUAUCGCUGUCACCGACUACCACCACCGGUAGUCCCGACCCAUCCCAAGGAUCAACCUUGCCUCCACCAUCACCCUCGUUGGAAGCCUGGGAAACCUGGUGUGUGGAACGCAUGGCAACCUGGUACCACCAAGCUCUCUCCAUCAAGUGUCCCUUUUUCCGACGUCGGGCUUCCGAUGCUCUCGAUACCAUGGACGAAGUCUUGCGUUUUGUUAUUGCACGACACAAGUCUCUGGAUGUCACCUUUGUGUUGGGACCUCCGGCCGGUUGGCGUUGUGACGGAGACGUCCAAGACAAGUGUUUACGAAUGGAAACGGAGGACCUAAUGACUGUCCUACAAGCGGAUUGGCAGACCGACACCAACAAGGGAUACUAUAUAACGGGACGGUUAAAUACGGCAGUCUAUCGGGACGACUGUCUCUUUGACGGACCGGAUCCAGAUAUGCCUGUCCGCGGACUACGCAAGUACCUCAACGCCGCCUCGCAACUCUUUGAUCCGCGCACGAGCCGGGCUACACUCCUAUCAUUGGAGGAAGAGAAAGAAGAUGGAGUGCUAGUGACGAACGACGUCGACAAACUUCCGACCCGAAUCGUAGCAAAGUGGGAAAUGCGGGGUAUUCUCCGGCUUCCCUGGAAGCCGUCGCUGCCAACCUGGACCGGAACCACCACCUACGUGCGAGAUGCGGAUGGUUUGAUAUACCAACACUUGGAAACAUGGGACAUGUCGGUUGGGGAGGCCUUUCUCAGAACCUUAGCACCGGACGUUGCGGCCCGUAUAUGGAAGGAGUGAGGUCCAAUUUUAAUCGGAGUGCCAGUGGGCGACAUGAUUCGCCCGAGACUUGGCUGUGUAAAUCUAACGCUGUACAACUAUACAUAAGAGCCUGUCAUUUUGCGUUG